GCCGCCAUUUUGUCCAGUGAAGAAAAGCGGAGCGGGAGUCUCGCUGAGGGUCGAGUUCGGCAACGAAUUUAGCGCGGGCUCCCUUCGCGCGCCCUCCCUCUUAGCAUCGCAAUGCAUCGUGACUCUUGUCCGCUGGACUGCAAGGUUUAUGUGGGUAACCUUGGAAACAAUGGCAACAAAACUGAAUUAGAGCGAGCUUUUGGCUACUAUGGACCACUGCGCAGUGUAUGGGUGGCAAGAAAUCCUCCUGGUUUUGCCUUUGUGGAGUUUGAAGAUCCCCGAGAUGCAGCUGAUGCAGUCAGAGAACUAGAUGGAAGAACCCUCUGUGGGUGCCGGGUCAGGGUGGAGCUCUCCAAUGGGGAGAAAAGGAGUCGGAACCGGGGUCCUCCUCCUUCCUGGGGCCGCCGGCCUCGAGAUGACUACCGCAGGAGGAGUCCUCCCCCCCGCCGCAGAUCACCACGAAGGAGAAGCUUCUCCCGGAGCCGUAGCAGGUCCCUCUCCAGAGACAGAAGAAGAGAGAGGUCACUCUCACGGGAGAGGAAUCACAAGCCUUCUCGUUCCUUCUCCAGGUCCCGCAGUCGCUCCAGGUCAAAUGAGAGGAAAUAAGACUGUGGGCAGGAGCUGUGUACAGGAAGUCAUUAGAUCUGAGGACAGGAGGAGUAUGUACAGAACAUUUGUUUUGUUUUGAAACUUCAUAAAGCUUGGUGCAUUUUUAAAAUGUUUUAGCUGUUGAACUUGCUUUGUUCCUUGUAUCUUGUAACAGGUGGCAACUGUAAAGAUGUGAAUCUGUAUAUGGUUCUGAGCAGAUCAUAUGAUUUGUAAUAUUAAUCACUUUACAAUGUACCAUCAUACAUUGUUUGUUGUUGUUUUUUUGUUGUGUUGAGUGAGGAGCAGUUUGUCUUGCAUAGAUAAAAGGAUUCUUUUGGUCUUGACACACUGGGGUGUGUGUUGCUGGGGUAGGAGGGGUGCAGUGGAGCUGUGUUCACUGCAGAGUGGCCCCAGCAGUGUUGGUCUGUGUGGAACAGGAUGUGGGUGCUUGGCAGAGCAGUUCUAGAAGCUGUUAAUGAUGUGUGAGCUACAGUUUCACCCAGAGCUCCAGUUCUGAUUUCCAUUCCCUGGAACUGAGCUACUUUAUAUUCUGUGAAACAGAAAAUUUUUAGCUGUUAAAAGUCAGUUAAUUUUGUACUUCAUGUGAUUAGAGUACUUAAAUAGAUGCUUGUUUGAUUGACCAUCUAUUCCAGAACCUCUAAACAGACCAAAUACACAGCAAAACUGACAACUGGAGUGGAUGUGUUUCAGUGUGUAAUGGUACAUUGUAAAAGUUCUGAAUCAAACAUUUCUUUACUGUACAAGAAUUUUCAUGUCACUUGUAAAAUGUCUUUUGUGAGAUCCUUGGGAUUAAAGUUUUGGUUACAACCUG